CUCUCCGCGUCCCGCGUGCGCCUCAGCCAGCAUGGCGCACUACAAUUUCAAGAAAAUCACGGUGGUGCCGUCCGCCAAGGACUUUAUUGAUCUAACAUUAUCGAAGACUCAACGGAAGACUCCAACAGUUAUUCAUAAACAUUACCAAAUUCAUCGAAUCAGACAUUUUUACAUGAGAAAAGUCAAAUUUACUCAACAGAAUUACCAUGACAGACUUUCACAGAUUCUAACGGAUUUCCCCAAAUUGGAUGAUAUCCACCCAUUUUAUGCCGAUUUAAUGAAUAUUCUCUAUGACAAGGAUCAUUACAAGUUGGCUCUAGGACAAAUAAAUAUUGCCAAAAAUCUAGUAGACAAUGUUGCGAAAGACUACGUGCGGCUUAUGAAAUAUGGGGACUCUCUGUACCGCUGCAAGCAGCUGAAGCGGGCUGCCCUGGGGCGGAUGUGCACUGUCAUCAAGAGACAGAAGCAGAGUCUGGAAUAUUUGGAACAAGUGCGCCAGCAUUUAUCCCGUUUGCCAACAAUUGAUCCAAAUACGAGGACUCUGCUUCUGUGUGGGUAUCCAAAUGUCGGGAAGUCCAGCUUCAUCAAUAAGGUGACACGAGCAGAUGUGGACGUGCAGCCCUACGCCUUUACGACCAAGUCGCUGUUUGUCGGGCACAUGGACUAUAAGUAUCUCCGUUGGCAGGUUGUAGACACUCCAGGAAUUCUGGACCACCCGCUGGAGGAUCGCAACACCAUCGAGAUGCAGGCCAUCACGGCCCUGGCCCACCUGCGUGCUGCCAUCCUAUAUGUGAUGGAUCUGUCUGAGCAGUGCGGGCACGGGCUGAAGGAGCAGCUGGAGCUCUUCCAGAACAUCAGGCCUCUCUUUACCAACAAGCCUCUUAUAGUUGUGGCUAACAAAUGUGAUGUCAAGAGGAUAGCUGAACUUUCUGAAGAUGAUCAGAAAGUGUUUACAGAUCUGCAGGCUGAAGGAUUCCCUGUAAUAGAGACCAGCACCCUGACUGAGGAAGGUGUUACUAAAGUUAAAGCAGAGGCCUGCGACAGGCUGUUGGCUUAUCGAGUGGAAACCAAGAUGAAGGGAAACAAAGUGAAUGAGGUGCUGAACCGCCUGCACCUUGCGGUGCCCAACAGGAGAGAUGACAAGGAGCGGCCCCCGUUCAUCCCAGAGGGAGUGGCAUCACGCAGGGAGAGGAUGGGGACUGAGGAGCCCAGGAGGAGGAAGAGGGAACGAGAUCUUGAGCUGGAAAUGGGAGAUGAUUACAUUUUGGAUCUUCAAAAGUACUGGGAUUUAAUGAAUUCAUCUGAAAAAUAUGAUAAAAUACCAGAGAUCUGGGAAGGCCAUAAUAUAGCUGAUUAUAUUGAUCCAGCCAUCAUGAAGAAACUGGAAGAGUUAGAAAAAGAAGAAGAGCUGAGAACAGCUGCUGGAGAGUAUGACAGUGAGUCUGAAAGCGAGGACGAGGAGAUGGUGGAAAUUCGACAGCUGGCGAAACAAAUUAGAGAGAAAAGGAAGUUGAAGAUUCUGCAGUCCAAAGAAAAGGACACACAGGGACCCAGGAUGCCUCGAACUGCUAAGAAGGUUCAGCGGACAGUUUUGGAGAGUGAGAUGCGUAGUCUUGGUGUUGACAUGGAUAAUAAAGACAAU